AUGCUCGAGGAGGAGGACCGCCAGUGCAAGAGAGAGGAAGGGAGACGUUGCCUGGAGCAAAAGAGACGUCGCCUGGAGGAAGAGGAGUACCUCAAGUACUCCUCUGCGCGAGCUACCUCAGCGCUCUUCCCUCUGAAUGAGUUACUCGAUCUCCGCCUCUCCUGUUCUCUGCAGACCAAGAUGAAUAUCUCGCGCAGAGCUCGUAAUACGCCUCCGGGUAACCGCAAUCGCUCACUGCACCCUACUACGCCUCGAUUGCAGCGGCCGCUGAGCAAGGCUCCUUCCCCGCCCACCGCAUGCGCCGAGCGUCCAGCUGGCCAACAGUGUCUCCAGUCAAUACAUAUUCUCUAUCCUAUUCUGUGCGCCGUGCGCCCAAGAGCAGGCCACGCUUCGCUGGUCGGCGGACGGGUCAUCUCGUGGCCGUACAUCGAUGGCUACGUACGUCAACCCGCACAAGCACAGCAUCGAAAGCGACGCAAGCAGCGCGACAUGUCCGCUCGCAAUCGCCGCCAUCACCAGUACGAAGUCACGAUCACCAACGUUGGCUCGGCGUUCCUGCAGUGCGACGCCCGCUCCACGAAGGAAAUGUUUGAACCCAUGGGCUGCGAGGUCGUCCAGACCGAGACCGAGACUACUGUGCGCGGGCCGCCGAUAAGCAGGCUCAAGCCCCUUGGAUUCAUCGACGUGGAGCCGAUGUGCCUGCCUGGACGUGAGGUCAUCGAUACUCAGGGCUACAACGCCUCAAGAAUUAAUGUCAUCGCCGACCAACGCGUCAAGGAGUGCAGCCGUGUCCAGGCGAUGAUCGAUCUGGCGAGAUUCAGUACUGAGGCAAAGGAGCCCGACGAUGGACUACAAAUUUACGGCACGCCCACUCCCAAGUUUAAGGAAGGCUGCAGCAUCCGCUGCUACGACGACCACCGUGUCGCUGUGGUGUUCAGCGUGCUUGGCUCGAUCAUCAAAGAAUUUAUCAUUGAGGAGAAGCGCUGCGUUGAAAAGAUCUGGCUGAACUGGUGGGAUGACCUCGAGACCAAGGAGGGUUGGCCCGGCUUUCGCGAGGCUGAGGCAGCCAUCCCGUCCGCGCUCCUUGAGAAGUACCCGACGACUCACGUUAUCAGCCCCGGAGGCGGUAUCAUUGAGACGCCCUCCGCACACGACCUGCUCAAAGCCUACGUCAAGAGAGGCUCUGGCGUGCACAUUGUGCGCAAGAUCGACGAAGUCAUCAAGCAAUCAGGCGAGGAGACUGCGCCCACCGCAUACGGAGAACCUGUUGUAGAAGUCUUCAAGCGCCGCGAGCACUGA